AUGGCGAAAAGGAAGAGAGACGUCGUCGACAAAGACGCCCGUGCCACAACUAAGCCUUUUUCAUCCAAAAAAUCAAAAGCCGCCAACGGCAAACCGAAGUCAAGAUCGUCCUCGCCACUCGACCCAGAAACCAUCCAGAUCGUUGUCGGGUCCUAUGACCAAGUCCUGCACGGCUUAACUGCCACGAUUUCUGACGGCAAGGCCGAAUUCGCAGAUACCUUCCUUUUCAAUGCGCAUAACUCGGCUAUCCGAUGCGUAGCCGUUUCGCCUCCGUCUGUGGCGACCCCAGGACAGACGCAGAAGGUCUUUUUGGCCUCGGGAAGCACAGACGAACGAAUCCACAUCUACAAUCUAUCAGCGCACCCUCCUAGUCGGAAGAACCAAGAUCUUCUCGCCAAAGUUACGCCUCGGCCCAUUCUUGAGAAUGCAAAAAAUAGAGAAAUGGGGACAUUGUUCCACCAUGCCUCGACAAUCACGGCGCUUCGAUUUCCGUCGAGAUCAAAACUCCUCACUGCGAGUGAAGACUCCACGAUUGCGGUUGCUAGAACAAGAGAUUGGUCGGUUUUAAGCACCAUCAAAGCACCUGUUCCCAAGGCCCACGGGAGACCGAGCGGGGACACUGCGCCUCUUGGGGCGACUCCCUCGGGUGUGAAUGACUUUGCCAUCCACCCCAGUAUGAAGCUGAUGAUUAGUGUCUCCAAGGGUGAAAAAUGCAUGCGUUUGUGGAACCUGGUCACCGGCAAGAAGGCGGGCGUUCUAAGCUUCAGCAAAGACAUGCUGCAGGAGAUUGGAGAGGGAAGACACUCUACGGGGGAAGGGAGAAAGGUUGUCUGGGGAAGUGUGGAUGGUGCGGAUGAGUUUGCCGUAGGAUUCGACCGCGACGUGGUGGUCUUUGGGAUGGACAGCGUGCCCAAGUGUCGUGUUAUGACGGGGCAGAGGACCAAGGUCCAUCAGUUUAUCUAUGUCAGCGCUGACGAAACGUCGCUUUUGGCGGUCGCCACCGAAGCCGGACAGAUACUCUUCUUUUCCACCAAGGAGGAGGACUUGUUGCCACCAGGGGAAGUCAAUGGCAAGAAGGGGACCUUGCCCAGUGCCAAGCUGGUGGGAUUCGUGGGUGGGAAGGCAGAGAGCAUGUCUGGCCGGAUAAAGGAUGUCGUGGUUCUAUCCAGCAGGGUUAAUAAGGGGAUACUGUACUUGGUCGGAGCAGGCAGCGAGGGCAAGGUUCGGGUGUGGACGUUGCAGGCAAAUGAUUUGAUUGCUGCUGCUGCGAAGGAAAAGGCGGGCGAGGAACCAAUUGGCAAACUGGUGGGCACAUUUGAGUCGCAGAAUCGCAUUACGUGUUUGGCGGGAUAUGUGAUGAUUCCACGGCCAGACGGGGUGGAGGAUAGUGAGGACGAGGGAGAGGAGGAUGCUGAUGACGACGACGACGAAGGCGAAGACGAAACUGAUGGUAGUGAAGAUGAUGAGUAG